GAGGUUUUAUCAGACAUUCGUGUUUCUGUUUCUCGUCUCCACAUCGUCUGACAGGACUUUGUUGUUUUACUGGCAGCGACGUGGACGUUGUGUUGUCGAUGUUCUUCAGUGUUUCUGCCUCCAGGAUGAAAACUCUGCUCGUGUUUUUGUGGAGAUUCAGAUAAAAAAUAUCUUCUGUCAGAUCCUGAAACUGUCUAAGCGACGGUUUAAGGGAGCUGAAGCGUCACCAUGAGCAGAACCAGGAUCUCAUCCCUGUUCUCCACCUAUAAGCUGCUCUUCUUGUUGACCGUCAUCUCAGUUGAACUUCCAUAUUCAGCAGCACGAGGUUCUCCUGGGACUCUUGACUCCAACGGCACAGUCAGCAACCACACCAAAUGUGGCGGGAGUACUGACUGCAUAGAGGGCGUUAUCCUGCCAGUAUGGAAGCCGGAACACCCGGCCUUCACCGACCGCCUCGCCAGAGCCACCAUUUACUUUGUGGGGUUGGUGUACAUGUUUCUGGGUGUCUCCAUCAUCGCUGACCGCUUCAUGGCAUCCAUCGAGGUCAUCACCUCCCAAGAAAGACAGAUUACCAUCAAGAAACCAAACGGCGAGAAGAUCACCACGACGGUGCGCAUCUGGAACGAGACCGUGUCCAACCUGACCCUGAUGGCACUGGGUUCCUCCGCCCCAGAAAUCCUCCUGUCAGUCGUGGAGGUUUGCGGUCACAACUUUCACGCCGGUGAGCUGGGCCCCAACACCAUUGUAGGAAGUGCUGCCUUCAACAUGUUUGUCAUCAUUGGCUUUUGUGUGUCUGUCAUUCCUGAAGGAGAAACUAGAAAGGUGAAGCACCUCCGGGUUUUCUUUGUCACCGCCGCCUGGAGUGUCUUUGCGUACACCUGGCUUUACCUGAUCCUGGCUGUCUUCUCUCCAGGUGUUGUUCAGAUAUGGGAGGGGCUUCUCACACUCUUCUUCUUCCCCAUUUGCGUUGGAUUCGCUUAUGUAGCUGACCGUAGACUUCUUUUCUACAAAUACAUGUACAAAAGGUACAGAGCAGGGAAGCAGAAAGGAAUGAUCAUCGAAACCGAGGGAGAACCAGAGCUUCCCUCAAAGGUCGACAUAGAAAUGGACGGAAAAAUGCUCAACUCCCACGGAGAGGAGUUCAUGGAUGGAGAGACAGGUUUUGACGUGAAGGAGCUGGAUGAGGAGGAGGCCCGCAGAGAGGUGGCCAGGAUCCUGAAGGAGCUGAAACAGAAACAUCCAGAGAAGGAGAUGGAGCAGUUAAUGGAACUUGCUAAUUAUCAGGUUUUAACCCAGCAACAGAAGAGUCGGGCUUUCUACCGCUGUCAGGCCACCAGGAUUUUGACAGGAGCAGGCAACAUCCUGAAGAAGCAUGCCGCUGACCAAGCCAAGAGAGCCACCCAGCAUGAUAUCUGCUCCGAGGUUUCAGUCAACGAUUUCUCCUCCAAGGUUUUCUUCGACCCUGGUACCUACCAGUGCCUGGAGAACUGUGGCAGCGUAGCACUGAACGUGGUACGUCGUGGUGGAGACCUAACAAGCACAGUCUCAGUGGAUUAUCGGACUGAAGAUGGCACUGCGAACGCUGGUUCAGACUACCAGUUUACUGAGGGAACUAUUGUGUUCAAACCAGGCGAGACUGAAAAGGAAAUCCGUAUCGACAUUAUUGAUGAUGAUAUUUUUGAGGAAGAUGAGCAUUUCUUGGUUCACCUCAGCAAUGUGAAGGUCAUAUCAGAGGGUGCUGGCUCAGACGGGCACGAGGCAAACAAUGUGGACGCCCUCGCAGGUCUAGGUCUGCCAUGCACGGCCACUGUCACCAUCUUCGAUGACGACCACGCAGGGAUCUUUACAUUCGAGGAGCCCGUGGUGACCGUGAGCGAGAGCGUGGGGGUGAUGGAGGUAAAGGUGGUCCGGACCUCGGGAGCUCGCGGUGUCGUGGUGGUGCCGUACAAAACCAUGGAGGGGACGGCUAAAGGAGGCGGCGAGGACUUUGAGGACACACACGGAGCACUGGAGUUUGGGAAUGAUGAGAUCUUCAAAACUAUUCAGAUCAAUAUAAUCGAUGAUGAAGAAUAUGAAAAAAACAAGAACUUCUUCCUAGAGAUCGGAGAGCCUCGGCUGCUGGAGAUGAGUGAGAGGAAAGCUGUGUUGCUGCAGGAAGUCGGUGGAUUCGUCAAAACAGGCAGAGACGUCUACAGGAAGGUCCAGGGACGGGACCAUCCCGCCCCCUCAGCCGUCAUCAACAUCACAGAGGAGGGGGUUGAGGAGGUUUUGACCAAGAAGGAAGAGGAGGAGAGGCGGAUCGCGGAGAUGGGCCGGCCGAUGCUGGGCGAACACGUCAAACUGGAGGUCAUCAUCGAGGAGUCGUACGAGUUCAAGAACACCGUGGAUAAACUCAUCAAGAAGACCAACCUGGCUCUGCUGAUCGGGACCAACAGCUGGAGGGAGCAGUUUGUGGAGGCCAUCACAGUCAGCUCUGGUGAUGACGAUGACGAUGAAAGUGGCCAGGAGAAGCUGCCCUCCUGUUUUGACUACGUCAUGCACUUCCUCACCGUCUUCUGGAAGCUUCUGUUUGCCUUCGUUCCCCCCACCGACUACUGGAACGGCUGGGCCUGCUUCGUCGUCUCCAUCUCUGUGAUCGGGCUCCUGACGGCAGUGAUCGGUGACCUGGCGUCUCAUUUUGGCUGCACCGUCGGCCUCAAAGACUCCGUCACUGCUGUGGUGUUUGUGGCUCUGGGCACCUCUGUUCCAGACACAUUUGCCAGUAAGGUGGCCGCCAUCCAGGACCAAUACGCUGAUGCCUCCAUUGGCAAUGUGACAGGAAGUAACGCUGUCAAUGUCUUCCUGGGAAUUGGCGUGGCCUGGUCCAUCGCUGCCGUCUACCACUACUCCAAAGGCCAGGAGUUCAGGGUCGACCCGGGUACGCUGGCUUUCUCCGUCACACUCUUCACCAUCUUCGCCUUUAUCAGUAUUGCUGUCCUCAUCUACCGCCGGCGGCCUGAGAUUGGUGGGGAGCUCGGCGGACCCCGGAUCCCCAAAAUCCUCACCACCUGUUUGUUCUUCAGCCUGUGGCUCAUGUACAUCGUCUUCUCCUCACUAGAAGCCUACUGCCACGUAAAGGGCUUCUAAGAGUUCUGCCUCUGACAAGUUCGAAGACGUUCUAACAGAACCAGUGAACAGUUCUGAUGGAUUUCCAAAGGCUCCAGUAGGUUCCUAGGUAUUUGUAGUUAUUUGUCUAAAGGUUUGGUAGAUGUGUAAAGGUUAUAAGGUUCCUGACAGUUGGUGGAUUCCUUAAAGUUCUGAUCUGAUCUGACAGGUUUAUAAACAGAUACAUGAUCUGAUGGACUCUGCAGCUCUGCAGUCUUUUCAUCUUCUUUUUAGGUUUAACAGGUUGAAAACAUCUUUGAUGAGUCUGUAAAAAUACAGAAGGAUUCUACGGGUCCUUGAUAUAUAUUUCUAAAGGUUUCAAUAGGUUCCUACAUUCAUACAGGUUCCUUUCAUUUGUUAUGUCUAAAUUUUGAAUGGACGUCUGAUGGUUAUAACAGCUUGUUGACUGUUGAUGGAUUUCUAAAGGUUCCAACAGGUUCCUGCAUAUUGUGACAGGUUCCUGUCACUAAGGGUUCGGAUAAGCAUGUAAUAGUUCUGUUGGGUUCUGCUAGGUCCCUGCAUAUCCUACCUGCUUCUUAUGUCUCUUAUUAGUCAGUGGAUUCCUAAAGGUUCUGAUGGGCAUGUAACAGUUGCCCGAAUAUUUUGACAAACAUAAUGAUGAAUAUAUGUUCUAACUGUGUAGUUCUUUUAGGUUCUUUAAAGGUCUAGCAGGUUCAAAACAUCUUUGAUGGGUCUCUAAAGAUCCCUAAGGUUCCUGAAGGAUUCUGCAGAUUUUUGAAAGUCUGGAUGGAUCUCUAAAGAUUCUUGGGACAACCUCAAAUCUUGUGAACCUUCUUUUUGACUUUACUCUGGUGAGCAACGUAGUGGACUGUCUGAAAAACGAGACGCCGCUGCUGCAGCAGCCAGUUCAAAUAUCAGAGAAAAUAUAAUUAUGUGUAUGUUUGUGUGUGAGUGUGUGUGCGCACGUGUAACCUCAAUGAACACUGUGAUGUGAUUGGUUUUAAACAGCAGCUGUCUGCUCAUUGGAUGAUAUAAACACAUGAGCUGUUGCUUAUUACCUGAAUACAGAAUGCAGUGUCUUUCCU